CCAAAACCAAAACCAAGUCCAAGAAUCUCUCUCCACAAUUUAUUUGCUUCUGAAUCUAUUCCUUCUCCUUAUAAAUAGUAGUAUUAAAAGAACUAUUCCGCAAACUUUUGCUACGAUUGUAGGAAGGAAGAAUCAUAUAGAGAGAUAUAGAGAGAGCAAGCAAAGGGGAAAAAACAACAACAUGGAAUGGUGCAGUCACUGUCUUAAAACCAUCAAGACAGAUAGCAUUGGCGACUUCACGGCAUGUUCUACAUGUGGAAAGAUUUUGGAUCAUGUCAGUGUCCAAAGAAUUUCUAGAGUGAGAGCAAAAAGAAUUAACAAGAGAGCAAAGGAGAACAAGCAUGGUACAAUGGGAAUAGAUUCUUCUUCUUCUUCUUCAAUUUCUGAGAUACAUGAAAGCAAUGGAAUAUUCAAUCAAGCUACUGAAGACAACCAGAUCAUUCAUGGGUGGUCAGACAACUUUAGCUUCAAAGAGAUGUGGUGCUCUCACUGUCUCAAAACCAUCAGGACAGAAAGCAUUGGUGACUUCACGGCGUGUUCUACAUGUGGAAAGGUUUUGGGUCAUGUCAGUGUCUCAAGAAUUUCUAGACUGAGAACAAAAAGAAUUAGCAAAAGAGCAAAGAAGAACAAGCAUGCUAUAAUAGGACUAGAUUCUUCUUCCUGUUCUUCAAUUUCAGAGACAAGUGAAAGCAAAGAGAAGUGGUGCACUCACUGUCUCAAAGCCUGCGGGACAGAAUGCUGUGGUGACUUGAUAUGUUGUUCUUGGUGUGGAAAGGUUCUUGGUGAAGUCACUGUCGGAAGUUCAUCAAAACUGAGGAGGAAACACAGAUACGAAAGAAUCAAAAGAACAAAGAAGAACAAGCUUGGUACAUCACUGGAAGUUGUUGAGGAUUUGAGCGCUAGUGAUAAAGAAAAGGAGUACCAAUAGAGUGCAAGCAAAAUAAAUUGAUAAGUACUCUAUUCCAUUGAGAAUUUGCAAUUGAAAUUGGAGAUGUAUUUUUUUAAUGUAAAUAGACAAUUUAAAUCUUAAUAUUUGUCAAAAACAGUG